AUGCAGCGCCCGGGACCCUUCAGCACCCUCUACGGGCGGGUCCUGGCCCCGCUCCCCGGGCGGGCCGGAGGCGCGGCCUCCGGAGGAGGCGGCAACAGUUGGGCCGCCCCGGGUUCCCACGUGCAGCCACCGGGGCGCGCGCAGUCUGGGUCUUGCGGCCGCACCGGCAGCACCGGUACUAGUGGCGGUGGUGCCACCCUCGUCUUCCCGGCCCCCUCCACGAUGUCCAAGGCCGAAGAGGCCAAGAAACUAGCGGGCCGCGCGGCGGUGGAGAACCACGUGAGGAACAACCAAGUGCUGGGAAUUGGAAGUGGUUCUACUAUUGUCCAUGCUGUGCAGCGGAUAGCUGAAAGAGUGAAACAAGAAAAUCUGAACCUCAUCUGUAUUCCCACUUCCUUCCAGGCCCGUCAGCUCAUCUUGCAAUAUGGUUUAACUCUUAGUGAUCUGGACCGACAUCCAGAGAUUGACCUUGCUAUAGAUGGUGCUGAUGAAGUAGAUGCUGACCUCAACCUCAUCAAGGGUGGUGGAGGCUGCCUGACCCAGGAAAAGAUUGUGGCUGGCUAUGCCAGCCGCUUCAUCGUGAUUGCCGAUUUCAGGAAGGAUUCAAAGAACCUUGGGGAUCAGUGGCAUAAGGGAAUCCCCAUUGAGGUCAUCCCAAUGGCCUACGUCCCUGUGAGCCGAGCUGUGACGCAGAAGUUUGGAGGUGUGGUUGAACUACGAAUGGCCGUCAACAAGGCAGGUCCUGUGGUGACAGAUAAUGGGAAUUUUAUCCUGGACUGGAAGUUUGACCAAGUGCACAAAUGGAGUGAAGUGAAUACUGCUAUCAAAAUGAUCCCAGGUGUGGUGGACACAGGCUUGUUCAUCAACAUGGCAGAGAGAGUCUACUUUGGGAUGCAGGAUGGCUCAGUGAGCAUGAGGGAGAAGCAUUUCUGCUGA